GCUAACUUUUAGUUCUAGCCACAAAAGGUUAUACAGAUGGGGCAAAAUCUUCUGCUACUUUUAUCCCUCGGCACACUUUUUAGACUUUGCCGGGGAAGCUGUAAUGUAGAACGCACCACGCUUAGCAAGUUGAAGGAUGACAUCUUCUGCAGCUAUGAUCCCUAUCUGCGUCCAGUCCGGCAUCAAGGAAAUAAAACCUUGGUUACUCUUACUCUUUAUCCAAGACAUAUUGAUUUUGAAGAAGAAAGAAAUUCACUUUAUGUCGAUACUUGGAUCUAUAUGACAUGGAUGGAUAUGAAUCUUGCUUGGAAUCGUAAAGAUUAUGACAAUAUUGAUUACUUACACGUACCUCCUAAUUUGCUAUGGGUUCCUGACCUAACCGUAUAUAACAAAUUAGAUUUAGACCUGGACACAGAAUCUAACCCUGCUGUUGUGCGCUCAAAUGGAAGGGUGUACAUCGUGCUGAUGUCAGAUUUUACGGCUUACUGUUCUAUGGAUCUCACAUACUGGCCUAAUGAUGAACACACAUGUACCGCACUGCUCGGUUCCAGGUCUUACACUGGUUCCUUUCUGGAUUUCGUAUUCACUGAUCAAAUGGCUGUUGGAAUGAAGAAUUAUUAUUCACAUAGGAUGUGGCAACUGAAAAGUGUUAAUGCUACAAGAAAAGUGACGGAACUUGGUAAAAAGAAUGGAACAGUUUAUCUCGUAACGGUGCAAUACCAAUUCACAGUAAAACGUCAUGCCACUUUUAUAAUAUCUACUGUGUUCGUUCCAGUAUUGUUAUUAACUUCGAUGGUUCUAUUUCCGAUGUUGCUUCCAUUUUCAAGUGAGCGCUGUUAUAACACACUUGCAUUGGCAGUUGUAGGCCAUGUAGCUUAUCUUCAAUACCUUGGUUCAGUUCUUCCUCACAAUGCCGACAACACAAUACUUAUGGUGGCUUACAUUCGGGAUUCCCUUGUGAUGGGAGUGUUUGCUCUGAUUGUAUGUGUCUGGAUUGAUAGGAUGGCAACUACUAUGGACCUCCCCAUUUGGUUAAGUAAUAUUCUAAGAAACCUGCAGACCACAAAAUAUACAAGGAUGUUACUAGUUUCACAGGGUGAUUCAAAACAAAAAAGUGAAGAGGAUGUUAAUCUAGUAAAUCCUGAUGUACUGUGCACUUCGAAAGAUUGGCCAAUUUUAUUACUUUUAAUUCAAAGAUCAAUAUUUAUUAUUUAUUUACUCAUUUAUACUAUUAUGUUAAUAGCUUUUUUUUAACUAGGCACCUCAACCUUUAUUGUUGUAAUAAUAUAAUUUUUAUGUGAAAUAAAAUUCUGUAUCACCAACGUCCAUACCUAAAGCAGUGAACAUACUUGUGUCAACCUUAUGUUACACUUAUGUUCAAAAACUAUUAAUACGAAAGAUUGGGAUCUAUUAGUAGUAGCUGAAAAUAAUUUAUUGUAUUCAAUUGCACAUACCAGACUAACAAGGAUAAGUCACAGACGUGGAGUCACCAAUUUCAAUGAAACAUUUUUUGGUGAUACUAGGUCGAAAAAUAUUUGAUCCAUGCCCGAGGGUUGCCAAUGUGCCCUAAGAGUGGAGAAAGAAAAUAUAUAAAAUUUUAAUAUAUUUUUAUAUUAUUUUCUGCCAUUGCUUUCCAUGGAUUUGUUGGUUAUAAAACAUUAAUUGAAUUUUUUUUUUUUGUGUAAAAUAAGAAAACAUAUUUCUAUUUGUAUUGCACCAAUUCAAAUGUAUAAUAAAUUAUAAACACCACAAGAAACUUUAAGUAAAGUAGGUCAAGUAUUUUUUUUUUAAUUAAAAAAACGAUUCAGAUUCAUUUAUAGCAUCCUUCGAAAAUUCAAAAAUACAAAUUUAGGUACUAGUUCACAAGAGCUGGGCAGGGAUUACGUGUGGUUCUCAAUCACUGAAGUCACACAUCUUCAUGGAGUACCGAAUGCAUCCAAAAGAAUAGGAAGGCGACCGAUGUCUUGACAUAGUUACUAAUAAUUUUCCUGCCAUUAAAGUACUUGUAUAUCAUUAUUCAUUAACAGUUAUACACAGCAUGAGCUGACUUAUAUUCAACAUUUAGGUUCCAUCACAUAACCUUAAUCGAACUUAUACAUAUAUUAUACAGCCGAAAAUAAUAAUAUAAAAAACUAUUAAGAUUUGUUUGUUUUUUCGGCUCCUGAGGACCAAUAGCAAAAACCCUCGAACGUGAGUCAAAUAUUAUAUUGACUUAGUAUCAUCAAAAAAAGUUUCAUUGAUAUCCGUAACACCAAAUCUCCCCUUGUAAGUGUUAAACUAACAGUUACAGUAGUUUAUGACACAAUACUUGUCAAUUUAUUCUUAUAUUAGGUAUAAUGACAAUAUGUAAUAAUAGUAGAAAAAGAAGCUAACGUUACAAGGAUAUUGCUUAUAAUAGAUUUUCACAAUUUCUUCAUUUUAUGAAUAUGAGUAAAAUACAUUUAUUUAAAAAAUUGUUUAUAGAUAAAAUUAAUAGUCAAAUAUAAACAAUCAACUAAUCUCAAGUAAAAAUAAUAGAAUAACUGUAUACAAAUUUUGAGUAUUUAAAGAUUUUUGUCCAAAGCAAUAAAGAAAUUAAAGUUAAAACAAAUGAACAGAUCAAACUAAUGCAUUUGUGUAAAUAUUUCAUCCUAAACCAAACAAGGAUUAAUCCUUGGUAAAUGCAUG